UUUACCCCUCCCCCCCCGCUCCUCCAGGAGAGGAUCGGAUAAGCGCCAUCAGGCAGCAAAGUCUCUGAGUGUCAGCCCUUCCCCCCCCCUCCCCCCACGACAAUGGCCAGACUGGAGCAAGUACUGAUCCUUGAUCCGCCCGUCGAGCUCAAAUUCAAAGGUCCAUUUACAGAUGUCGUGACUACAAACCUCAAAUUGAAAAAUCCAGCAGAUAGGAAAGUAUGCUUCAAAGUGAAGACCACAGCACCACGCCGGUACUGUGUACGACCUAACAGUGGGAUUAUUGAUCCUGGAACAACGGUUACCGUUUCUGUAAUGUUACAGCCAUUUGACUAUGAUCCCAAUGAGAAAAGCAAGCACAAAUUCAUGGUACAGACAGUCUAUGCUCCUCCUGGCAUCACAGACAUGGAAGCAGUAUGGAAAGAUGCAAAACCUGAAGAUCUUAUGGAUUCUAAACUCAGAUGUGUCUUUGAGUUGCCUGCAGAGAAUGAGAAAUCGAAUGAUAUUGAAGUGAAUAAAGCUGCUACAGUAACGAAUGCACCUAAAUCUGAUGGACCGGCAAUGCCAAAAUCUGCCAGUAUUUCAAUGGAUGACACUGAAGUGCGGAAACUAGUUGAAGAAUGCAAGAGGCUUCAAGUUGAGUUGGCAAAAAUGACAGAUGAGAAUCGACAACUGAAAGAUGAUGGACUGAGGCUGAGGAAGGCAGCUCAGUCAGGCAACCCAGUGUCUUCCACAUCUAGUGUUACACUCAGAGACAACGGUUCCACUGCUCUUCCCUCCCUCCUUGUUGUAAUUGCAGCCAUUUUCAUUGGAUUCUUUCUAGGAAAAUUCGUCUUGUAGAGGAAGCAUGCGAGUUAUUGAGGCCUGAAAUGUUCUGUUGAUCUGCCAUAUCAUUGGUAGUAUGGCUCACAGUGACCAUGUUUGUGUACAGCAUCUUACAGGCCUUGCCUUUAAUGAUCUCACGGUUAGAACACAAAUUACUUUCAGUUCUUGGAUAAUUGGAGUUGUACAUUGUCAAAUACAUCAAUAGCAGCUGUCUCAAAGUUUUACAUAAAGGUCCUUGGAAAUAAUGAGUUGUUCUCUCUGUGGUUUAAUAAGAGUUGAAUGAAAUGUUAAGUGUCUUGUAAAUGUUAUUUUAAUCCUUUUAAAUUUUGUUACCUGUUGCUGGAUUACCUCUUGAAAUUCAUUUUAUAGUCAGGUUGCUCAUGCCACUUGUUUACCAGUGAUGAAAGAUGUGCUGAAGAAAAGGUGCCUCCUUGUAAAUUACAAUGCCCCUCCCCCCCUCCAUUCCUUGCUGCUGAAGGCUGACGAGUUUAAAAAUGCAAAGUUUAUCCCUAGCUACAGAAACAUCCCCCCUGUGAGGCAAAUGUUGAUUGAAAGAUCUCCAUUCUUACCAAUCCUGUCCCAUGGUAUUUAACAAAAAUAAAAUCUUUAACACGUUAAA